UUUUAAUAAUUAAGAUUUUUAGAGAGAAGUGUACUUACUAAUCGAUUGUACGUAGCAUGUUAAGGACAAUUUUUUGUUUUAGUAUCAUAUCAGUAUUUUCAAUUUAUUUAUAAAGGAAGAUUUCAAUAAAUAUAUGUAAUUAUUUUAUAGAUCAGUCAAAAUAACAUUGUGGUUAAAAAAAUACUUCUUGUUUAGUUUCUGGUAAAAAUGCUCCAACCUACCAGUUGCACUUGACAUUACCACAGAUCAAUCGAUUAAUUAACGUUUGGUAUUCAGUUAAUCACAACACUGACAAAGUGAUAACUCCAAAGAGUGUCUAUGCCAAUGCCAUCAGUGCUAUCUAUGAUGUGUUAGUCUCUUAUCUAAUUUGUCGGCCACUCUUGACAGCACUUUUCUCUUCAGUGUAAUCCUCAAGUACAAGUGCUGCUUUUGUAACUGCCAUUAUACGAGCUAUGAAAGCACGAAAUAGGAGACACAAUUCCAGACAGAAGCAGGAGGACUUGUCACCACUCAGUCCGGGUGUGGAUGAUGUCCUGAUGAACUUUGAUCACUUAGGCACUACUCCGCCUCGCACUCGCAUUCGGAACAAGGAUAAGAGCCGGCGGGAAAAAGACGCAAGCACGAAGCCAGCUCCACGCAUUAUCUACAGUGGAAGGAGUUCUUCGGAGAAGAAUUUCUUCAGUAGAAAUAAUUCUGAAAGCUUUGAUGACGAAGGUAUGUAUUUUGUCAUACAUUUCAUAACUCUACCUUUGUUGCGGGAUCGCUCUGAUUAUUCGAGUGGCAAAAUAACCAGGCAAGGUCUUGACACCUAAAGAGUAGGAACUCACAGAGAUACUCGGCACAACGGAUUCAACUUGGAUUUAUUGUUAAUUAAUUCACUUAUACAAAUUUAUAAAAUAAAGUUCUUCAACAAAUUCACAGAAAAGUUCUCUAUUUCCUACUAUGAUUAACUAGCUUCAUACAUAAAUUAUUCUAAGUCUCAAAUCUAUCAAAUAGCGCGAGAGAGCGAGCGAACUGUCGCGGUC